AUGGUCUCAACAGCAUUAAAUGAAAUGAGUUGCAAGAGGAAGCAGAAACUAGCAACCGACAACUUGAACCUACUGAUCGGGGUUUUGCUGCUUGGAGACUGCUUUGCACUGCAUUCGUUUUUGAAGCUUUGCUAUGGGGCGAGAUUCCCUCUUUCCUUUGGAGUUUUCCAAAAUUAUUACUCGAAGCUACCCGAAUUUUCUGAAAAUCCUUACGUUUCAGUCGUAGGCACAGUUGCCUCAGGGAUCUCCUAUCUGGGUGCUCCUCUUACAGCUCCCUUUAUCAAGCGCUACCAGAGAUUCCAGCGACAGAUGAUCUGGGUUGGAUGGCCGAUUUGUAUUGUUGCUUUGGUAUCCGGAUCUUUUGCCUCGACUCUCGAAACCCUCAUUCUGACACAGGGAGUGGCCUAUGGGCUCGGGUUUCUCAUUUUCUAUUAUCCAAUUCUCAACAUGGUGAACGAGUUCUGGAUUUCCCGACGGGGGAUGGCAUAUGGAAUUCUAUGCGGCGCCUCUGGAAUUUCAGGUGCAGUAAUGCCUUUCGUUAUGGAGAAGCUGCUUAACACAUAUGGCUAUCGAACAACGCUACGGGCCGUUGCUCUUGCGCUUUUCACGUUGACAGGCCCCUUGAUUCCCUUCCUGAAAGGCCGGUUGCCGGCGUCGAGACACACCAUAGCCGCCAAAGCAGAUUGGAGAUUUCUCAAAACCCCUCUUUUCUGGACAUAUACAUUCUCCAAUGUGGCUCAGGGGUUAGGGUACUUCUAUCCGUCAUUGUAUCUGCCCUCUUACGCCACAUCUAUGGGACUGAGCAAUUUCGAUGGAGCCUUGCUUCUGGCGCUUAUGAGCAUCUCACAGGUGAUGGGACAGUUAACCUUUGGAUUCUUAUCAGAUCGAAGGUUUUCUGUCAAUACUCUUAUCACGCUAUCGAGCAUUGCAGCCGCGGUGGCUUCAUUGACAUUGUGGGGAUUCGCACAUUCUUUGGCACCUUUAAUCGCCUUUGCCUUGGUCUAUGGCUUUUUUGGUGCUGGCUAUACUGCCAUGUGGGCGCGCAUGUCUACGUCUGUCAGUGCUGACCCGACGGUUGCCCCGAUAAUAUUCAGCCUGUUUUGCUUUGGUAAAGGGAUAGGCAAUGUUUUGACGGGACCUCUUAGUGGAAACUUGAUAUUACCAACGCUAGAGCCGGACGCAUAUGGGCUGACAAGGUAUAUGGCUCUUGUAGCGCUUACUGGCGGCUGUAUGGCUUUGAGUGCUGUGAGCAUCUGCUCGUGGUAUAUGAGCAGGUGGAUUCUGCAGUUGAGGUGA